ACAAGCGGAGUUAGUGUGUAGUGUUAUAUCGUCUUUUCUAAAGCCUCCCUAACGCACUUACAUUGCAUAUUUUACCUCACAUCGAGUAAAAUCUCUGUAGAGAGUUCUAGGGUGUGCUUUGGAAAGCAGGGUCAGCACAGCAAGUUCCAUAACAGCACUGGUGAGGCGCAACUGUACACACAGAUAUCUCGCCGGAACGCAACAAGGCACGAGCGAUGAAGGACUCCUUCGAAUUAAAGACAAACGCGGAGCUGGGAACAGAUAACCCAGGCUUUGUGAUUGAUAACGACUUCAGCCAUCGUAAUCCAGAAGAAAAAGUAAAAAGUCACGAUAAGCCUGCGGCCAAAAGUAUUUCCAGCGACAAUGAUGCAGAGCAGGAGGAAGGCCCGGACAGGCAGCAGUGGUCCAAUGGGGUCGAGUUCCUCAUGUCCUGCAUCGCCAUGUCUGUCGGCCUGGGAAACAUCUGGAGGUUCCCCUUCACUGCGUUCGAGAACGGCGGUGGCGCCUUCCUCAUCCCCUACAUCAUCGUGCUGUUCGUUAUCGGCAAGCCCAUGUACUACAUGGAGAUGGCCAUGGGGCAGUUCUCCAGCUAUGGUCCCAUCAAGGUGUGGAACAUCAACCCGCUUUUCAAAGGUAUCGGCUACGGACAGAUGUUCGCUACAGCCUGCACACUGACGUACUAUUGCAGUCUCAUGGCUCUUACUAGCUUCUACUUCGUGAUGUCGUUCAGCGCAGAGCUGCCCUGGGCUCGCUGCAAGCCGGAGUGGCAACCCAACUGCUUCGACUCUGUCAAAACUGAGAACUCUACCUUCAACUUCUCAGCUUCUCUACAGAGUUCAUCGGAGCUCUACUUCGUACGGCACGUGCUGCGGGAGGUGGACUCCAUCCGGGACGGCCUGGGCGCGCCCGACUGGCGCCUCGCCCUCUGCCUGCUCUUCUCGUGGCUGUGCGUGUUUGGCGUGGUCAUCCGCGGCGUGAAGAGCUCGGGCAAGGCCGCCUACUUCCUGGCGCUCUUCCCCUACGUCAUCAUGACCGCGCUGCUCAUCAAGGGCUGCACGCUGGAGGGCGCCGGCAGGGGCGUGCUCUUCUUCAUCACGCCUCAGUGGGAGCAGCUGCUCAACCCCAGGGUGUGGUACGCAGCUGUAACGCAAGCAUUCUUCUCCUUGAAUGUUGGUUUCGGAUCAUUGAUUAUGUACUCAUCGUACAACAACUUCAAAGAAAACAUACACAGGGAUGCGCUGAUAGUCACCACGCUGGACACGUUCACGAGCCUGAUGGCCGGCUGCACCAUAUUCGCCAUCCUGGGCAACCUGGCGCACGAGAUGGGCAUCGACGACAUCCGGCAGGUGGUGCGAGGCGGCACGGGGCUGGCCUUCAUCUCCUACCCGGACGCCAUCGCCAAGUUCCCCGCAGUGCCGCAGUUGUUCGCGGUGCUGUUCUUCCUGAUGCUCUUCGUGCUGGGUGUCGGCAGUGCCGUGGCCCUCGCAAGCUCUGUCAUCACCAUAGUGUGCGACCAGUUCCCGCAUUUCCGCUACUGGCUCGUCGUGUGCUCAGUCUGCACUGGUGGCUUCCUCAUCGGCCUGGUCUACGUCACGCCGGGCGGACAGUACAUCCUGAACCUGGUCGAUUUUUAUGCCGUAACAUUUGUGGUGUUCGUGCUAGCCGCUUUUGAGAUGAUUGGCGUUCAUUGGAUAUAUGGUUUGAACAACUUCUGUCAUGACCUUGAAUUCAUGCAAGGCCACCCUGUGGGCGUAUACUGGAGACUAUGCUGGGGUCUCAUUACUCCCGUGAUCUUGUUUGUUGUGCUGGUAUACUUCAUAGCUACCAUGGAGCCGCUAACUUACACCAACGGGUACAUAUACCCAGACUCCGCCUAUGCUGCUGGAUGGGUGUUACUGGGGUUUGGGGUGCUCCAAUUUCCUCUAUGGUUAACAAUCCGACUCAUCAAAAAGAGGCAUAUUGGAUUCCCUAAGGUGGUGGUCCAGGCAGCCCGGGCCACGGAGCGGUGGUGCCCCAAGAUUGCUUCCCACCGCAGGGAGUGGCUGGCGUUCAGAGCUGACAAGAAAACAGAAGCCAGCUCCAUCGCGGAAGUGGAAACAGUGCUGCAGAAGCUGUUGCGGAAAUUCCUUGGAAUAGUGACGAUUCGCGCGCGGACCCAUCAUGAGCACUAAUAAAGAUGCAAAUAUAAAUGAGUUGGUUACUACAAGUACCAGUAAACAGAAUAUUUGGACUUCAUGUUACGCUUACCAGAGACCCAAAAACACUUUUCAAAUUUCAAACAAGUUAAUUCGGUUGUUUUUUUUGUUUUUUUUUUUGGAGUUCAAAACUUGUUAUUUUUUAUUGAAUAAGUGAAACAAAUUUAACACAAAUGUUUUGUCUCUAAAAAAAUGAUAUUUCUUGCAGUCAGGUACCUACUUUAAACUUCAAAUUUAAAAAUAAACAUUUGAAAAGCUGAAAUAAGUGUUACAAACUUAUUAGACUAUGCACAUGAAUCAUGAACUAAAAUUUUUUUUUUCAGUUUUAUGUAAGUUGCCAUUUACUGCAAUGAGGUCAAACUCUGUAGAUUUUAUAGUUCUGAUUUUGUAAAAUAAAAUGAAAUGGUACGUACAGAUCUAAUACUUCUAUGUUUAUAAAAGAAAAAAAAUGACUAAAACAUAUAAAAUAAUUAAAAUUAUAACUAUUCAUAACCAACCAUUAGUAAAUUUUAAGCUAAAUAAUUUAUUUAAAACAUUAUAUGUAUAUAUAUAUCCAGAAAUAUUAAAAUACAAAAUAACAUAUUCAAUUAAAAUUAAAAUAAAUUAAAUGUCAAAAAAUUGUAGGUAAAAUAUUUGUCAAUGUAAAAAAAAAACUUUUACUCAGAAAACUAUUAACAUCUUAGGUAUAACAAAUUUGAAUAUUUCAAACAGGCUCCUCAGCACAUUCAAUUUGAAAGUCAUUCGUUUGGUUAUUGUGUUGUUUGUUCUACUCUAUUCAACACUAUUUAGUUUCAGUUAGUUGUUUCCAAUACCAUCUGAAAUCAAGUUGGCAAUUUGUUUGGGAAGUAAUUUAUUAGUCUGAAAUAACAUUUUUUUAUUUUUAGUUUUUCUUUAUUUAAUGUUUUAUUGGUUUUAAAAAUAUUAUUAUAUUAAAAAAUAUUUUAUAUUUUAAAAUAUCUUCAUUUUAUGAUUUAAUUGCAUUACAGUUAAACCAAAGUCGCUUGACAUUUGAAUAAAUACACAAGAAAUAAAUGCAGUAACAUUACUACUUAAGGAAAUGAUAUUUUACUAUCGAUUAUGCAGAAAAAACAACUUUGUUAUUGAAAUAUAAUGCCUGCUGUCUGUAUAUACAAGUUGGAUAUGAGCUCAAGCAAAAAACAUUUUCAUAGGUUGUCAUGAAGUUAAUGUCCUGCCAUUUUGAUGAGGUGGAAUGACGGUGGACAUUCGUUCCUGGCCAAUGAUAUACGUGUUUGGCUACAAAAACGUGAUUUGUUAGCCUCACCAACCGACUGUUGUGUUUGGCCACCUUAUCUGACAUUCCUAGACAUACAACUGGAUGUGACUUGGCACCGGCUGAAUGUGUCUAGCCACUGAUUGGGACGUGCCUGGUUAAUUGUCUCUCAUGUAGGCUAGAUAUGCGCUGAAAACAUAUUUCAAGGGAUCUUAAUCACUUGUUUCGCUUACGAAAAUGAUUGCAGGAAUCGAGAAAUGCUAGUAUUUUGCCUUUUUU